GGUCCCCAUAUUCUCAAAAGGUUCUACCUCCUACCCUCCUGAUGACUGGUCCUCCUACCCUCCUGAUGUCUGGCCCUCCUAUCCUCCUACCCUCCUAAUGUCUGAUUUUCCUACCCUCUGGAUGUCUUGGUCUCCUACCCUCCUGAUGUCUGGUUAUCCUACCCUCCUGAUGUCUGGCCCUUCUACCCUCCUGAUGUCUGGCCCUUCUACCCUCCUGAUGUCUGGCCCUCCUACCCUCCUGAUGUCUGGUUCUCCUACCCUCCUGAUGUCAGGCCCUCCUACCCCUUGAUGCCUGGCCUUCCUACCCUCCUACCCUCCUGAUGUCUGGGCCUUCUACCCUUCUACCCCUCCUGAUUUCUGACCCUACUACCCUCCUGAUGUCUGACCCUACUACUCUACUGAUGUCUGACCCUGCUACCCUCCUGAUGUCUGGCCCUGCUACCCUCCUGAUGUCUGGCCCUGCUACCCUCCUGAUGUCUGGCCCUGCUACCCUCCUGAUGUCUGGCCCUGCUACCCUCCUGAUGUCUGGUCCUCCAACCCUCCUGAUGUCUGGUCCUCCUACCCGCCUGAUGUCUGGUCCUCUUACCUGCCUGAUGUCUUCUCCUACCCUCCUGAUGUCUGGUCCUCCUGCCCCCUUAUGUCUGGUUCUCCUACCUUCCUGAUGUCUGGUCUCCUACCCUUCUACCAUCCGGGUGUCUGGGUCUCGUUCCUUCCUGAUGUCAGGUUCUACUACCCUCCUGAUGCCUGGUCCUCCUACCCUCUUGAUAUCUAGUUCUCCUGCCCUCCUGAUGUCUGGCCCAGCUACCCUCCUGAUGUCUGGCCCUCCUGCCCUCCUGAUGUCUGGCCAUACUACCCUCCUGAUGCCUGGUUCUCCUACCCUCUUGAUGUCUGGUCCUCCUAACCUCCUGAUGUCUGGCCCUACUACCCUCCUGAUGCCUGGUUCUCCUAUCCUCUUGAUGUCUGGUCCUCCUAACCUCCUGAUGUCUGGCCCUACUACCCUCCUGAUGUCUGGUUCUCCUGCCCUCCUGUUGUCUGGCCCUGCUACCCUCCUGAUGUCUGGUCCUCCCACCCUCCUGAUGUCUGGUACUCCUCCUCCUCCCUAUAAGCUCACUAUAGGGAAUAUGGUGCAAUUUGGAACUUGGGAAUGCUAUCUGCUGGCCAGCAGGGGGGUUGGCUACCCUCCUGAUGUCUGGUCCUCCUACUCUUUUGAUGUCUGGUCCUCUUACUGUCCUGAUGUUUGGUCCUCCUACUCUCCUGAUGUCUGGUUCUCCUACCCUCCUGAUGUCUGGCCCUGCUACCCUCCUGAUGUCUGGUACUCCUACCCUCCAGAUGUCUGGUCCUCCUACCCUCCUGAUGUCUUGGCCUCCUACCCUCCUGAUGUCUUGUCCUCCUACCCCCCUUACGUAUGGUUUUCCUACCCUCCUGAUGUCUGGUCCUCCUACCCUCCUGAUGUCUGGUCCUCCUACCCUCCUGAUCUCUGGUCCUCCUACCCUCCUGAUGUCUGGUCCUCUUACCCUCCUGAUGUCUGGUCCUCUUACCCUCCUGAUGUCUGGUCCUCUUACCCUCCUGAUGUCUGGUCCUCUUACCCUCCUGAUGUCUGGUCCUCUUACCCUCCUGAUGUCUGGUCCUCUUACCCUCCUGAUGUCUGGUCCUCUUACCCUCCUGAUGUCUGGUCCUCUUACCCUCCUGAUGUCUGGUCCUCUUACUCUCCUGAUGUCUGGUCCUCUUACCCUCCUGAUGUCUGGUCCUCUUACCCUCCUGAUGUCUGGUCCUCCUACCCUCCUGAUGUCUGGUCCUCCUACCCUCCUGAUGUCUGGUCCUCCUACCCUCCUGAUGUCUGGUCCUCCUACCCUCCUGAUGUCUGGUCCUCCUACCCAUCUGAUGUCUGGUCCUCCUACCCACCUGAUGUCUGGUCCUCCUACCCAUCUGAUGUCUGGUCCUCCUACCUUCCUACCCUCAUCUCGUGCUUCAGCUUUAUGGGGGUUUAUUAUGCAAAGACUUUUAUGCAUUCACAAUCACACUCCCUGUUUAUAGUAGGGUUGGGGCAUGACUUCCCUUAUGCCUCCACAAUCACAUUCCCUGUUUAUUGUCAGGCUGGGGCAUGACUUUCCAAAUGCCAAGUCCUAUAAAAAUACACUAAAAAUACACUAUAAAAUGCUGAUCACAAGACAAUGCGUAUUAGGCUACAGUAGACUACUACUGAAAACUAAAUAUUUGGCUUAAGACUUUAGUUGAUUGUAUUUGUUAAAAGAUAACUGUUAAUGGGGGAUAUGGAGUUUCACAUCUACUUAUAAACUCUUACACAUUGGUGAACGUUUACACCGUCAGUCUAUGUGGAGAAACUACAUUUCCAGCAUGUAUAAACAGUUAUUGGCUCUUACAUAAAAUCCCCUAUUCACACAUACAAUGAACUCCAUAGUUUUAGCCUACUGUUCCAUACAUAUUUGGAAGUAGUCCAGCCUAAUGCACAUUGUCUUCAAAGUGAUCGGCACCCUAAGCAUAGGCUUGAUGUUAAAAAGUCAUGGCCCUACAAUCUUAAAAAUCUGUGACUUGUUUCUGUGUUUUCAUCCUUGUUCUCAAACCUUCACUUUGAGAAAGUCCUAAUUUCCUAUCCUAGUGCCCUGGUAAUGAAAAGGAAGGAUGUCACAUCCCUUCUACCUCCCUCUUUCCAGUGUCCGUUGAGGCCCUCUUUCUCAGAUAAAUGAUUAGGCCUACCAAUGACAAUGACCCUUCCAGAUGAUCUCUUUCCUCUUUCCGGUGUUCUUUCCAAAGGCCUUAUCGAGGCUAGCCUGAUUCCAGAUCUGUUUGUGCUGUUUUGACAACUCCUAUGGUCAUUGUCAUACUGCACAAACAUUAGUUGGCAAGACAGCACCAACAGAUCUGGGACCAGGAUGGUCUAUAUCUAUGUAUGGGUUCUAUAGGUCCAGUGGGGUGUACGGGUUCUAUAGGUCCAGUGGUGUGUAUGGGUUCUAUAGGUCCAGUGGGGUGUAUGGGUUCUAUAGGUCCAGUGGGGUGUAUGGGUUCUAUAGGUCCAGUGGGGUGUAUGGGUUCUAUAGGUCCAGUGGUGUGUACGGGUUCUAUAGGUCCAGUGGUGUGUAUGGGUUCUAUAAGUCCAGUGGGGUGUAUGGGUUCUAUAGGUCUAGUGGUGUGUAUGGGUUCUAUAGGUCCAGUGGUGUGUAUGGGUUCUAUAGGUCCAGUGGUGUGUAUGGGUUCUAUAGGUCCAGUGGUGUGUAUGGGUUCUAUAGGUCCAGUGGUGUGUAUGGGUUCUAUAGGUCCAGUGGUGUGUAUGGGUUCUAUAGGUCCAGUGGUGUGUAUGGGUUCUAUAGGUCCAGUGGUGUGUAUGGGUUCUAUAGAGGUGACACAUCAAUGAUCAGUACUGUAGAGGUGCCACAUCUAUGAUCAGUACUGUAGAGGUGCCACAUCUAUGAUCAGUACUGUAGAGGUGCCACAUCUAUGAUCAGUACUGUAGAGGUACCACAUCUAUGAUUAGUACUGUAGAGGUGCCACAUCUAUGAUUAGUACUGUAGAGGUGCCACAUCUAUGCUUCGUGUAAACUAGACUCAUUGCCGGGUUGUGGAGAAGACAGAUGGUGUGUCAGAAUAAAGAAAUAUGGGAUAUAGAGAAGACAGCUGUUGUCUCAGAUUAAAGAAAUACGGGAUGUAGAGAAGACAGCUGGUUUGUCAGUGUAAACAAAGACAUUGGAAUCCAUUGUUCUACACACUUUUAUUGUUUUUAUGCAACUUUUUGUCUUCUAUUUUGCAAGAGAGACUUUCUGUCUCUAAUAUGUUCAAAGUUGAAAUAAUGCAAUGUUGAUUGAGAUAAUAUAGGUAUUUUUGAAGUGGGGCCAACUUUCAGAGUCGUAUAUGUUUGAGUCUUAUCUAUGAGAUAAAAUCUCUUUGUUCAAUGUUGAAAUUAUUGAAUGUUAAUUGUAGGGAAAUGUAUUUUUUGUAAGAGUGCCAACUUUCAGAGUCAUAUCUGUUUAACCUCUUGUAGUUUUGCAUUUAACCCAUGAUGUCACCUUUGGGAAAUGUGAUUGUCAGCUAAAAGCCAAUCAGAGCAGAGCUCUUCAUGGGACACUGCCAACCUGCCCAGUAGUUUACAUUCUGUGUGCAAGACCACACGCACGCACACAUACACCCACACACACAUCCAUACAUUCCAUACAUGUAGAUCAUUUAGCCUCCCUGUGACGUUGUGAGAGAUCAGACCUCUGAUUUCACGAACCUGUGGAAAUGGAUGUUGUUAUUGAAAAAGGUCUUGGAUGAUAGCUUGUCUGACAGCUUUAGAACGGGUGGGGUUUUGACAAUAACUCCAACAUUCCAGCGUCCGUUGUCUGUCCCUUUUGUUCAUAUCAACCAGUCUUACGUACUGUACUGUAUGUCUGGAACCAACAGGACCCUGAACCGUUUCUACCCUCAAGCUAUAAGACUACUAAAGAGUUAGUCUGGCUAUUUGGUUAACUAUGUAAAUAUCUGCAUUGACCCUUUUUGCAAUAAAAAAAAAAAAAAAACAUAUGACAUACCCUGCUGCUACCAUCUGCUAUCUGUCACUUUAGUCCUAGUUAUA